UAUGUUCAUUUCAUCUCAUAUUUUGUGUAGAAAGAAACUCUUGUACUAAUUAAGUUAUUAAUUAACGACCUGCUUCAUUCAUUCAUUCAUUCAUCAUUCUCUUCUGCUCCGCCUGCAGCCACACACACACACAUCAUUACUGACCUAAUUUCAAUUCCUUGAUACUAUACGUGUCCUCAACUAACUACUUGAUAAUUCUUAUAGGAUCGAUGGAGUAUGGCGGUGGGUUAGUGGAGGAUUGUGGUGGUUUUGGGACGAUGGUGGGAGGAGAAACAGACAUGAUUGAGGAGCUGUUGGUAGAAGGUUGUUGGGUUGAAGCAAGUGAGAACAAUUUGAUGAUGAUGCAUCAUGAUGAUCACAUGAGUAGUAGUACUACGCCACAACCACACUACAUCCCAAUGGGAGAUAAUGAUGAAGAAAGUGGUAACUUUGUUGUUGGGAAGAGAUGGUGGAUUGGGCCUCAGGCGAAUCCAGGCCCAUCAACAUCCGUGAAAGAGAGAUUAGUACUUGCUGUUGGUUACUUAAAAGAGUACACAAAGAAUUCCAACUCAAAUUCAACUUCAAAUUCAAAUUCAAAUUCAAACUCAAACUCAAACGUUCUUAUUCAGAUAUGGGUACCACUAAGGAGGAGAUCAGGACUAUUUCACAAUCAGUAUCAUAAUCCUAAUCCAGUACAUGAAUCUCUUCCAAUUUCAGUUCCAAACAGCAACGUUCAGGUUCGUUUCUUUAGAAGUCACGAGUAUCCACGCGUUCAGGCACAUCACGGAUCUCUUCUAGCACUUCCUGUUUUCGAAAGAGGAACCGCUACAUGCCUCGGCGUCAUCGAGUUUUUAAUCGCCAAUCAAAACCUCAUCAAUUACCGUCCACAACUUGAUCAUCUAUCCAAUGCUCUCGAGGCAGUUGAUUUUACAAGUAACCAGAACAUGAUUCCACCCGCUGUAAAGGUAUUUGAGGAGUUGUAUGAAGCAGCAGUGAACGAGAUCGUACAAGUGUUGGCGUCGGUGUGUAAGACGCACAAUCUGCCAUUGGCACUAACAUGGGCUCCGUGCAUACAACAAGAAGGAGGCGGAAGAGGAAAGGGUGGAUGCAGCAAUAGCAAUGGCAAUAGCAAUAGCAAUAGCAAUGGUAGUAACAACAACAUGAUGAUGAGUUGCGUAUCAACGGUUGAUUCAGCUUGUUACAUUGGUGACGUGGAUGUAUUGGGAUUCCAAGAAGCGUGCAGUGAGUAUCAUCUUUAUAACGGACAAGGAAUAGUAGGAACAGCAUUCACAACAACGAAACCUUGUUUUGCAAUUGACAUAACCGCUUUCAGCAAAGCAGAAUACCCACUCGCACACCAUGCUAACAUGUUUGGUUUACACGCUGCUGUUGCCAUUCCACUAAGGAGUGUCUACACUGGAUCCGCAGCUGAUUUCGUUUUGGAGUUUUUCCUUCCUAAAGAUUGCCUUGACACACACCAACAGAAACACAUGCUCAACUCCUUAUCCCUUGUUGUUCAACAAGCUUGUAGGAGCUUGCAUUUACAUGUCGUCAUGGAAGAUGAUCAUCAUAAUCAUAAUCAUCAUCAUCUUCAUCAUCAACAUCAACAUCAACAUCAACAUGAAGAAGAUCAAUUCACAUUCCCCACCACAAAUAUUUACAUGCCUUCUGUCGACGCUGCUGCUGCUGCACCAGUUGUAGUACUAUCACAAGUUGAAGCAGAUGCAUCAGCUUCAGCAUCAGCUUGUUCAACAAAAGAGACAACGUCGUCCUCGUGUUCUUGGAUUGCACAUAUGAUGGAGGCACAGCACAAGGGGAAAGGUGUGUCCGUGUCGUUGGAAUACCUUCAAGAGCCUAAAGAGGAGUUCAAAGUAACAACCUGCAAUUGGGAGAGGGAGAGGGAGGGUAAUUCUGUGUUUUCAGAAUUUGGUCAAGUACUGCAGCAGCAGCAGCAUGAACACCAAAGCAUGAGUAAUUCAAGAGCAAGUACUGUUGUGAGUGUAGAAGGUGGAGAAGAAUCUGGCGGAGGAGGUGGAAGUGGUGGUGGUGGUCGCAGGUCAUCAUGCUCCUCAAAUGGGAGAAAGUCAGGCGACAAGAGGCGGACAAAGGCGGAGAAGACUAUAAGCUUGCCAGUUCUGAGACAAUACUUUGCCGGAAGCCUAAAAGACGCGGCAAAGAGCAUCGGUGUAUGUCCGACAACACUGAAAAGGAUAUGCAGACAGCAUGGAAUAACGAGGUGGCCUUCAAGGAAAAUAAAGAAGGUGGGACACUCUUUGAAGAAGCUUCAACUUGUUAUUGAUUCCGUACAAGGUGCUGAGGGUGCCAUACAAAUUGGCUCCUUCUAUGCUAGUUUUCCAGAGUUGAGCUCUGCAACUGGACAUUCUGAUCAAUCUUCUAUGAAAUUAAUGCAUAAUCAUGGUGUUUCUGAUCACCACAACAGCUUCUAUGGAGAUGGAGGAGUUACCACUAGUAAUUUGAAAUCCCCAUCCUCUGCUUGCAGUCAGACUGUAGGAAACCAAACAAAUUCAACUCUCAUCAAUAAUAAUGUUGUCUUGAUGACAGAAAGCAAUGCUCUAGCUUCAACUGAUCAUGCUCAUGCUCAUGCUCAUGCAGCAGCAUUGAUGCAAAUUAGGAGAACUCACAGCGAAGCAGAAUUGCUCCACCACCAUACAUCCAAUAUUGAUAUUCAAGAUUACCAGCUGCACGAUCAGGAUACUAAACAGUUAUUGCUACAUUUCAACAAGAGUCAAACCCUACCUCCAAGACCAAGUACUACUACUACUACUAAUGGGUAUAAUAACUCAUUGGAAAGGGGUGCUUUCAGAGUGAAGGCAACAUUUGCUGAUGAAAAAAUACGAUUUAGCUUGCAAGGAAUGUGGUGUUUUAGAGAUUUGCAGGUUGAGAUAGCAAGGCGUUUCAACUUAAAUGAUAUGAACAAUUUGGUAGUAAAGUAUUUGGAUGAUGAAGGAGAAUGGGUUGUUUUAGCAUGUGAUGGUGAUCUUGAGGAAUGUAAAGAUUUGCAUACAUCAUCUCACACACGUACCAUAAGACUCUCUCUAUUUCAAGCUUCGCCUCUCAAUCUUCAUCCAAACACAUUCCGCAACACCAGCAGCAGCCCCCCAUCUUCUUCCUAGCUUGCUCUACUUGCUACUUUCUACUUGCUACUCUCUACUUUCUACUUUCUACUUUCUACCUAUAUAUAUAUAUAAUGUGUAUAAUAUUAUGUAUAGCUACCAUAUCCCACCACACAUCCAUCACGCUAUCUCAUAUUAUAAUACUGCUUUUUAUUAAUUACUCCUUAAGUUCGUUAGAGUUACUGCGCGGCUUUAUUUCUCUAUCAAAUUAUAUAUAAAUAUAUA